AUGGAGGAACCGCUUUUGGACCAUGAAUCUCCGUCCUUAUUUGAGGCAACAGGCCAUAUAUCACUUUUCUCAAAUGCUGGAUUGUUUAGUAAUAUCACCUUUUCUUGGAUGGGUCCUUUACUUGAUCUUGGCAAGAGGAAGACACUAGACCUUAAUGAUGUGCCAUUCUUGGAUGACAGUGACAGUGUCCACGGAAUCACCCCUAAGCUUAAAUCAAAGAUUGCCUCGAUUUCUGCUACAGGGCAAUGCACUGAUGUUACAACAGUUAAGUUAGUCAAAUCUCUUGUGCUCACAACAUGGAAGCUAAUUAUUAUCACUGCAGUUUAUGCCCUGCUCCGUACCGUUACUUCAUAUGUUGGUCCCUAUCUCAUUCAGCACUUUGUUGACUACUUAAAUGAAAGCACACGAUCUACUAAAAGAGGAUACCUUUUGGUGUUGGCAUUUGUUGUUGCACAGCUGAUGGAAGGUCUCUCAUCAAGGCAUUUGCUCUUCAGAUCUCAACAAUUAGGCUUGCGUGUGCAUUCUGCUCUUAUUGCAAUUAUUUAUCAAAAGGGUCUUGUCCUCUCUAGCCAGUCCAAGCAAGGUAGUUCAAGCGGGGAGCUGAUCAAUGUUGUGAACAUUGAUGUUGAGCGAGUAGGAGAUUUCAAUUGGUCUUUGCAUGAACUUUGGCUGCUCCCAGUACAAAUUAGUCUCGCAAUGAUUAUCUUGUACUCUACUCUUGGCUUGGCAGCAUUCGCUGCCCUUGCUGCGUGUGCUUUGACAAUGUUGGCUAACAUACCUUUGGGGAGGAUUGAGCAAAAUUACCAAGAGAAAACUAUGAAUGCCAAGGAUGCUAGAAUGAGUGCUAUGUCUGAGAUAUUACAGAACAUGCAUAUUCUCAAGCUUCAAGGUUGGGAAUUGGUUUUCUUGUCCAAGAUUAAAGAGUUAAGGAAGGUUGAGAUGAACUGGGUAAAGAAAUAUGUCUACACCUCAUCAAUGCUUAUAUCUGUCUUUUUUUGUGCCCCUGCAUUUGUUGCUAUGAUCACUUUUGGAACUUGCAUAAUUUUUGGCACCCCAUUAGAAACAGGGAAAGUAUUAUCUGCUCUAGCAACAUUUAGGCAGUUGCAAGGUCCUAUCCACAGUCUGCCGGACGCGAUCUCAUCUAUCAUUCAGACAAAAGUAUCACUUGAUAGGAUAUGUUCAUUUCUCUGCCUUGAGGAAUUAGCAAGUGAUGUGGUAACUAAGCUUCCGAGUGGUAGCACCGAUAUAUCCAUUAAGGUGAGAAAUGGUAACUUCUCCUGGGAGAAAUCCUCUCAGGUGCCUACUCUCCAAGACCUGGACUUUUGUGUGCAACAAGGAACUAGAGUUGCUAUCUGUGGAACUGUUGGAUCGGGUAAAUCAAGCUUAUUGUCUUGCAUACUUGGUGAGAUACCAAAGUUAUCUGGAGAGGUUCAAACUUGUGGCACAAUUGCUUGUGUUAGCCAAUCACCAUGGCUACAAAGUGGGACAAUCGAAGAAAACAUACGUUUUGGUACACAAAUGAACAUGGAAAGGUACAAAAAUGUCCUUGAGGCAUGUUCUUUAAAUAACGAUUUGGAUAUAUUACCUUUGGGUGACCAAACAAUUAUAGGAGAGAGAGGAAUCAACUUAAGUGGUGGACAAAAACAGAGGAUACAGAUUGCCCGUGCUUUGUAUCAAGAUGCUGAUAUCUUUCUAUUUGAUGAUCCAUUUAGUGCGGUUGAUGCUUGCACUGGACAGCACUUGUUCAAGGAGUGCUUGCUAGAAUUUUUAGCUUCAAAAACUGUUAUAUAUGUUACCCAUCAUGUGGAAUUUUUACCUUCAGCUGAUCUUGUCCUGGUCAUGAGAGAUGGAAAAAUAACACAGUCAGGGGAUUACACUGAAAUUCUGAAAUCUGGAGAAGAGCUCAUGGAAUUAGUUGCAUCCCAUAAAGAUGCCUUAUCAACUCUAGACAUGCUGGAGCGCCCUAGUGGAAAAUUUGAGAAUGCAUAUCAUCCUGGUGGCAACGGGGAUAAAAAAGAUGAUAACGAGGAAGGAAUUAUUCAAAAUGGUCAGCUAGUACAAGAAGAAGAGAGGGAGAAAGGCCGGGUUGGAUUUAUUGUCUACUGGAAAUAUAUUAUGAUGGCAUAUAAUGGAGCACUUGUGCCACUUAUUUUGCUAGCUCAGAUAAUUUUCCAAGUUCUUCAAAUUGGAUGCAAUUUCUGGAUGGCUUGGGCAGCACCAAUAUCUAAAAAUGUGAAUCCUCCAAUCAGUAGUUUGCAGAUGGUAAAUGUAUAUUUUGCAUUAGCAAUUGUUAGCUCAUUGUUCAUCUUCAUACGAUCACAUCUUCUUGUCAUGACCGGAUGUAAGACUGCUACUAUUCUAUUUGAGAAAAUGCACAACUGCAUUUUCCGAGCACCAAUGUCUUUCUUUGACUCCACUCCUAGUGGGCGAAUCUUGAACAGAGCUUCCACAGAUCAAAGCACAGUGGAUACAAGAAUUUUUGACCUGAUGGGCUAUCUUCUAUUUCCUGCCAUUGAGAUUCUAGGAACAGUUAUUCUGAUGUCACAUGUUGCAUGGCAAGUCUUCAUAGUUUUUUUCCCCAUUAUUAUUGCAUCGCUGUGGUAUCAGCAAUACUACAUAGAUGCUGCUAGAGAGUUGCAAAGGUUGGUUGGAGUUUGCAGAGCCCCCGUGCUGCAACAUUUUUCUGAAUCAAUGGCUGGCUCAAAUAUAAUUAGAUGCUUUCAAAAGGAAAGGCAAUUUAUCAGUUAUAUUGGAUAUUUGGUGGAUAAUUUAUCUCGACCAAGUUUGUAUAAUGCAGCCGCAAUGGAAUGGUUGUGCUUUCGCUUGGAUAUGCUUUCAUCCUUUGUUUUUUCCUUCACAUUGAUACUUCUGGUCUCUUCACCAGCUUCUUUAAUUGACCCAAAGACUGCUGGUCUUGCGGUCACUUAUGGACUAAGUCUCAAUAUGCUACAAGGAUGGGCUAUUGCUGUCCUCUGCAGUUUGGAAAAUAGAAUGAUAUCAGUGGAAAGAAUGUUGCAGUAUACGAUUAUUCCUUCUGAACCACCAUUUACAAUACCAGAACGCCAACCAAAUGGACAGUGGCCAACAAAGGGCGAAAUUGAGUUUCGUAACCUGCAUGUUCGAUAUGCACCGCAGCUGCCUUUUGUUUUGAAAGGCCUGACGUGCACCUUACUCGGAGGAAAGAAGACAGGUAUUGUUGGUAGAACAGGUGGUGGCAAAUCAACCUUGAUUCAGGCACUAUUUCGCAUUGUGGACCCAUGUAUUGGCCAAAUGUUGAUAGAUGGCACUGACAUCUGCACCAUUGGACUACAUGACCUUCGGACAAGAUUGAGCAUCAUUCCACAAGAUCCUGUUAUGUUUGAGGGGACCCUGAGAACCAAUAUUGACCCCCUUGGGGAGUAUAGUGAUGAGAAAAUCUGGGAGGCAUUGGAUUCUUGUCAUCUUGGGGAUGAAGUUAGAAAGAAUGAGCUUAAGCUUGACUCACCAGUGACAGAAAAGGGCAAAAACUGGAGCACAGGUCAGCGACAACUUGUGUGUUUGGGAAGGGUGAUUCUGAAACGGAGAAAGAUCUUGGUUUUGGAUGAGGCAACUUCAUCUGUGGAUCCAAUCACAGACAGCUUAAUUCAAAAAACCUUAAAACAACAAUUUCUCGAAUGCACAAUGAUUGCAAUAGCUCAUCGUAUCACAUCAGUUCUUGAUAGCGACAAAGUCUUGCUUCUGAAUAACGGUGAAAUCGCAGAGCAUGACGCCCCAGCAAAACUGCUAGAGGACAGUUCAUCCUUAUUUUCCAAACUUGUAUCUGAGUAUACCAUGGGAUCCGAUUAUAAGUAG